GGCACACUAUUAUUAAUAGGUAAGGUAAAUUCAUUAAUAGGAUAAUAGUUUUAUUGUAAAGGUUUUCAUUGAUAAGAUAAGAAAUACAGCUGGAGCUCCUCCCCUGAAGGUGUAAUAAGAGCGACGGUCACUGAAGGGUGUCUCGCUCCCCGGGAGUGUGGCUCACGAUGUGGCUCGCGCCUGCGCCGGGGGUCACUGGUGAGUGUGUUACCAGGCUGCUUAGUGAAGCAUGACAAUUUACACAACGACAGCACAGAUGGCCGUGACGUCCAGGAAGGCAUCAGUCUCUACGGACCAGUCAUCACUGGUCAUCAUCUCGAAGGCUGCCCAUGCAUCAUCAGCCUCUUCGGUGAUGGCGGCCACCAAUUCGGCGGAUGGGCAUGGAUCAUCAGCCUCCACGGACCAGUCAUCACGGGUCAUUGCUUCAAAGGCUGCCCAUGAAUCAUCAGCCUCGACCAUAGCAGCGGAAGUCACCAAGUCUGGAGCUGCCCAUGAAUCAUCAGCCUCCACGGACCAGUCAUCACGGGUCAUUGCUUCAAAGGCUGCCCAUGAAUCAUCAGCCUCGACCAUAGCAGCGGAGGUCACCAAGUCUGGGGCUGCCCAUGAAACAUCAGCCUCCACGGACCAGUCAUCACGGGUUGUCACUUCAAAGGCUGCCCAUGAAUCAUCAGCCUCGACCAUAGCAGCGGAGGUCACCAAGUCUGGGGCUGCCCAUGAAACAUCAGCCUCCACGGACCAGUCAUCAUGGGUCGUCACUUCAAAGGCUGCCCAUGCAUCAGCCUCAUCGGUCCUGGCCACUCCGUCAGUGGCCGCACGCGGUGCAGGGCUCACCGCCCGGACGGGCUCGCCACCCCGCCUCCCGUGGCACCGGAGGCUGGUGAAGACGGCCCGUCAUCACACCAGAGAGAGAAGUGGAGGCUGCUCCUCGCCGCUCGGCCUCACUACCGGCGACGUCCUGGACUGGCAGAUCUCCGCCUCGUCGCUCUACCCGGCGACGUGGGACGCGGGCUGCCAGGUCAAGUACGCCCGCCUGCACCUGCCCAAUGGCCGGGCGUGGUGUGCCGGCAGGAGGGCCGCCGGCGAGUGGGUCCUCGUGGAUCUCGGUGUGCCGGCCAAGGUGACCGGCCUCCUAACGCAGGGCAAAGGGGACGACGAGGAGUGGGUGACGUCCUUGGAGCUUUCCUACUCCCUAGACGCCUACCACUGGCACUUCGCUCGAGACAUCUACAACAACAAAAAGCCUUCGAUGCUGUCAUCGUAG